AUGAAACUUUCUUGUGCAGGGCUACAGCUCCAAAGGGGUGUUGAGGACAUCACAACAGUGGAAGCCGCCCUUGAGGAGGCCAUCUUUAAAGCAGGGGGGAUAUUGGAAUCAAACAGGGGUGCGCUGCAUAAGAUUGACUGGUCUCGCAGCAGCCGCACAGAUAAGGGCGUCCAUUCCUGCUCCACGGUGAUUGGGCUCAAGAUGGAGUGUGUGGUGGAGAGCUUUGAGAGCGAUCCAGAGGGGCUGGGCAUCGCUGGAGAGAUCAACAAGCACCUGCCUGGACAGCAGGUGCGGGUGCUGAGCGUGCAGCGCACGACGCAGAAGUUUGACGCGCGCCAGAUCUGCGAGGGCCGCGUCUACAGCUACUUCCUUCCCACCUCCAUCAUUGGCCUUGAGCUGGAUGGGAGCGAGGAGGACAGGGAGCGGCUGCGGCUGCUGAGGGAGUGCCUGGCGCUGUACGAGGGCGUGCAUGCCUUCCACAACUUCACCAAGCGGCGGCUGUACCGCACGUCGCAGCGCAAGCAGGGCCGCGGGGCCAAGCGCAAGGGCGGCGGCCGAGUGACUGCAGGUGCGUGGAAUGAGGAGAGGGACGAGGCAGAUCCAAUCACCCGCUCUCAUUUCCGCCACAUCUUCUCAGCCACUGCAGACGACCCAACUCCUCUGGUCCCCGGCGGCACUCCCUGCAUCAAGGUGGUCUUCUCUGGGCAGUCGUUCAUGCUGCACCAGAUCCGCCAUAUGAUCGGCGCUGCUGUGGCCGUUGCGCGCGGCACAAUUCCCCUGGAUUAUGUGGAGGGCUGUCUCCGGUCCCCUUCACGCGCUAUCAUGCCCCUUGCACCUCCCCACGUGCUGGUGCUGUCAGAGACGGUGAUGAUGCAGUGGAGGGAUGAGCAGGCGAGGGCCAUGCUGGCGCACACAACAGGCGAGCGGCUCACGCUGCGCUCUGGCGGCCUCGCAGCGCAGCAGGCCUUCCUCUCAGAGGUGCUGCAUCCAGCAAUUAAUGACCUGCUGCAAGCAAAGGACUGGGAGUGGUGGGAAGGGGUGCUGCAGCGGAUUGUUUACGAUGAGGCGGAGAUGGCUGCCUUCCUCACAUCGCAUGCAGAGAGCAAGGCUCGCUUGGAGCAGCAUAGAGCUGAGCGGCAAGCAGAAGCUGCAGCCUUCGAUGCAGCCAGAGCAUGA